GUUUCAGUGAUUAAUAGCUUGAAAGGACGGUCGGCUCGCUCAGCAACGGAACACCAACAUCCCGAAUGACGGAUCUGUCAUGGCUAACAUCUUGAAAAACCAAAUCAUCAAGCAUCUUUCCAAAUUCGCUCGAAAUUUGAAACCUGAACAGAUCUCGCUGGAUGUAUUGAAGGGGAAGAGCAAACUCGAGUUCAUAGAGCUCAACGAAGAAGUACUUACGGACGUACUGGAAUUACCGUCAUGGCUGAGGAUAAAGCGAGCAUACUGCAUCGGAGUGACUGUAAGUGUACCGUGGACUAGGCUAAAAAGUUCUCCUGUAGAAAUUUUUGUUGAUGAAAUUAAUGUCGAAGUAGUGUUAACGAGUGAGUCUCCUUCUAGGAAGCAAGAUCGUCAUGUAAGUACUCUUUCCGAGAAUUCGUCUUACGGGUUUGCCGACAAAGUCAUCGAAGGCUUGUCCUUAUACAUCAAUACCGUUGAAAUCAACUUUGACUCGGAUGCUUUUGGAGGGUCAUUCAUGCUUUCGAGACUCUCUGUAGAGAGUAGAACGCCUGGAUGGCAAACCGCUCAAGAUCUGAGACAAAGUCGAAUCAAUUGUCCUGCUAUCUGCAGAGCUCUGGUAUUCAAGCAGAUUUCCUGGCAGCUACUUCGUAUAGAAGCUUCGGCGAAAGCGGACAGGAAUGAGAAACGUUGUACGAUAAAUGCACCUCUCAGAUUGAUAACUAGUGGUGGUAAAAUUCGACUGGCGCUCAAGAAGAACACCAACGAUGGCACCGUCGUGAACGCACAAAUUCAUAUGCUCCUUGAGGAUAUAUUAUGGGUGGCAACAUUGCCACAACUUCGUUCUGCUAUAGCAUUUUCUUCGUAUCUAAUGAGUCUAGUUCGGCAGUGUGAAAAGGACUAUCCUCCAACACCGCCGGUACCUACAAAAACCAUAGAAACAAGUGUUCCAAAUGGUCAAGCUAUCACUGUGUCUAACACCUACCGAGCUUUCGAUUUUGACCAGACGUCUCAUCAUUUGCACAUCAAGAAGGUUGAUCUUCAUCUAUGCGACGAUGCGCAUUCCAGUAUGACUUAUCCACCUGGUUGGGAUAUUGAAAGCGGUGCUAUGCAAGUCACACUUUAUCGGGUGCUUAUAGACGUCUAUCCCAGAACAUUAGCCUCGUGUGACAGAAGCCAUUGGCCUCGAUAUUCUGCGCCUAAUGAUUUUACUCGAUGGUUAGAAACAAGGCUAGCGCAGCAGUUUACUGCAUUUUGCACAGGAACAGAUGAAGCUGGCCGUACUAGAUUGGUGCAGUGUUGGCCACAGCUGAUGUCUUUCAACGUUGUGCUCCGAAUACAUGACCUCACUAUUCAAUGCGUUUCUGAUGCCAACUCAAAAAGGGAGAGUCUGCAGAAUAUGUUCGCUAGCGAGCGACACCUGCGCUCAUUACCCAACGAUCAGUAUAUAUUUCACCUCGAAUUCUCUCUCUUCACACAUCCCAUGUCUAACACUUUGUCAGUUCCUGCACCUGCUAGUUUCCUACAACUCGGACCGUUUUCUAUGUUAUUAGACAAAAGAACAUUGCGAUGGUGUCUUUACGUAGUGCACAACCUGUCUACAGCUUUCGAGCAAUCCCUUGGUUUCGACAUGGAACCUUCUCCACAUUCCGACCUUCGUGUGGAUCUACUUAUGCCCAAGAUUAUCAUACCAUUUCCAUCUCCUUCGUCUGACGACCGACGCUUCCCUCUUCGUUUGCUGAUUUCUUUUUCUACUCUAUCUGUGUCAAACACACAAUUCGAUAGCGACAUAUUCAAACCGUUUGAAAUGCUCAACAAGGCAACUAUAUCAUUCGUAACGAAAACGGAAUUACUUGGUGGGCGCUCGACACUGGUCGAUGACAUGACACAACUUACUGGAUCGAGCCACCCUAAAGGAGUGAAAGACCUAUUCUGGCUGCGUACAUCUCCUGCCUGGAUUGACACUGAUCAUGGUGCCAAUACUAAGUCAUUGCCAGUCAUAUCAGACGUUUGUUUUUCUGGCGUCAUUCUCGCAAGAACGGAUCAGCUAAAUGUUUAUGUCGAGCCAACCACUCAAAUUAGCGCAGUCGUUGAUCACUUUCAGUUUCUUCAACUAACGAGGUUAUCUACGUCACUGUCUGACUUUCUCGACAUAUUGACUGCGGACCAGAAGCAUUUUGAUUCGGAGCGCAGCUCCACCUCACCAACCGUCUCUGUUGUAGUGGCUGUCAAACAGGCAAGAGCGAACAUAUUGCUAACCAUGGGUCCAAUGCCAUCGCCAUACGAUAAUUGUCCAGCCGUGACAGAGAGCAUUUUAGAUAAUUUAUCAGCUCCAUCAGGACCGAGUCGCAAUAACACUCCACGAAGCACACCAGCGCCUCCUCCAGUUGAACCGCCAAAGCCGACUCCAACGCGGGUGGUCGAGUCUUUUCCAGAAUUCAAGGCUGCGCCGGAUUACGAUGCUUCCUCUUUCAUUGACGAUUCCACAUCGAUCACCACAUCAACUGAAGACGAGAAUUUUGAGAUGGACAUCGUCCCAGAAGAGGAUGAUCUGGACUUGGCGGAUAUAGCAGAGGACGCGGCGGCCAUUGAUGAUGCUAUCAUUAAUGAUCGAAUAUACAAGGUUUUGAUGGCUAGACAAGGGAAUAUUCUCAUAGUAGAUUUGGUGACGGUAAUCGUAAUACUCAAUGUUCACAACAAGAACACAUUAGUGCUGGGAAAAGUUGACAAGGUCUUGGCGUCACAAAAAUUGAAUGUAGCUAGAUACGAGGCUUAUGAAGAUUUCCGUAAAAAAGGCAUAAGCAUGGAGAACAAGCGUGCAUCUGAUCCGGAGGUUAUGUUUACUGUAUCUUCGCCUGCGCAAACACCGACAACUCGUGUGCAGAUUGAUCUAAAUGGUAUAACUGCUCAAAUAGAUGACGAGAUUCUUUCACAUUGGUCAGCUUUUGUUCAAGACGAUGAAGUGACGAAAAGCAAAGUUCGUGUCGUUAUAAAUAUCUCUGAUACGAUUGUUGAGAUUCAGGAUCGCAAAAAGAAGAAACCGAUGCGUUUAAAAAUCAAGCAGUGCAUUGUCGAACAUGAAGAAGACCAUAAUGAUACCUGAGCAGCAACUUGCUUUCUUAGUUCUGAGGCAUUAUCUUACAAAAGAUUUUUAACCACGUUCUGCGUCAUAUUCCGUCCCUUACGUCUAAUAACAUAUUCACUAUAUCGUUACAAUAAAUAAUAGGGUACAUGGAAGCUCAAGGUGGGCCAUCUGUGAUCUUUGAGUUUAGUAUUAUGAACCUGGUUUGUUGAAUGCGCUUUGUGUAACGGAUGUAGUGUAAAAAAAUCACUUCAUUCUUGAAUAUGUACAGAAUUCAGCGAGUAUCUACAUUUUUAGUUUCUGUUGAAAUUUGAGCUGUAAACUUUGUUUUGAUGUGAUACUGUAAUGUCUUCUAUAUCAUUCGUCUCACUUUCACUACUGUCAUCACAUUUAUAAUAGGAGUAUUUGUAUAUUUUGAGUAGCGUGAUUGUCCUGUUCUACAAUGUGAUGAAAUAGAUUUAUAUAGUAUCAAAGAUGUUCAGUUGAGUUAAAGCGUACAGGAUAUGCGUAAACUCUACAUAUGCGCCUCCUGUUAUAUCCGGACCGUUUGUUAGUAAUUCCUUUCUCUUGGACGUACACAUACGAUGUAGUUCUGUGGAACAGCCGUCAUACCUUCGUUUCUGACUAGACUCGGUAAUUGUACACCUUCU